AGAAUUUCUACUAGAGACCUUCGGUUCUUAAUUUAGACUGUAUUCCUUGUUCAAAGUCUUCUAUUCUGUCUGGCCUUCCGGCGUACGCAAUGAAUUUUCUCAAGGUUCUAAACCAAUUUUUCCCUUGGUUUUUACUUUUCUUUGUUUUGUCUUUAUUUUCUUGGAAAAUCGAGAUAGUCCAACAUUAGACAUGGGAAAAUCCUCACUUCUUUUGCAUUUAUAAGACAUCGAGAAAUCAACUAACCACUUGCUCAGCCUCAAUUGUGCCCACACAAAAAUAAAAAAUAUAAUGAACUUCUGCUUUCUUCUCCUCCUCCAGCUUCCUCUCCUUCUCGUCUUCACGACUACUUCCACAGCAAACAUACCACCAGGCUCCUCUCUUUAUGCCUCCAACACAAGCCAAACCUGGUCGUCUCCAAACAACACUUUCUUUCUAGGCUUUACCCAAGUGGAUCCCACUUCCUACACCGUUUCCAUCUCCCAUAGUACUGCUGGAGUUUCCAUCUGGACAACUGGCAAUGUUGUUGCUGGCACUGCCUCUGCAGCUGUCAUUGACUACGGUGUAGAAUUCCAGUUCCUCCGCAACGGAAAUCUCCGUCUCAUCAACGGUUCAGGUGCCCCCGUGUGGACCUCCAACACUGGCAACCUUGGUGUCACUUCUGCUUCACUUGAUGACACUGGAAACCUGGUACUGAAAGCCGGCAGUAUCAAUGUCUGGUCCAGUUUUGAAAACCCAACCGACACUCUUGUCCCGUCACAGAAUUUAACUGUAAACCAAACUUUGCGAUCAGGGGUUUACUCUUUCCGGCUUCUAAGCAGUGGAAAUAUGAGCUUGACAUGGAACGACAGUGUUGUGUACUGGAAUCAAGGCUUGAGUUCUGCUUUGAAGUUGACUUCUCCAACCUUGCAGUUGAAGUCAAAUGGGAUUUUAACUCUUUUAGAUGCUGGUUCGCAGAUGUCUGUUGCUUUUGGCAAUGAUUAUGGAGAAGGGGGUGAGGUAAUGAGAUUUUUGAGGUUAGGUAGCGAUGGGAAUUUGAGAAUGUAUAGUGGUGGAACUACAACUAUGACAUGGGCUGCUUUAGCAGAUCAGUGUCAGGUUUAUGGAUACUGUGGAAACAUGGGGAUCUGUAGUUACAACGAGUCAAGUUUGAGUCCGAUUUGCAAAUGCCCAUCUCUGAAUUUUGAGGCUGUGGAUGUGAAUGAUAGUAGAAAAGGGUGUAAGAGAAAAGUGGAGGUUGCGGAUUGUGCAGGGAACGUAACAAUGCUGGAGUUAAAGCAGACUAAAUUUCUUACUUUCCAGGCUCAGCAAAUUGUUACCAUUGGGAUAACAGCUUGCAGAGUGAAUUGUUUAUCAAGCACUUCUUGCAUGGCUUGCACUUCUACAUCAGACACAUAUGUACUAUAUUGUUACAUGAAAAACACACCUGAUUUUGUUAGUGGAUAUCAGGGUCCAGUGCUUCUUAGUACUUCUUAUAUUAAGGUUUGUGGACCAGUGCAACCAAAUCCUUUGCCUUCUGACCAGAUUGGUGGAGAUAAAAAGUUCCGGGAAUCGCGGGGUUGGAAAGUUGGUGUCUUGGUUACAGGCACUAUUUGGGGUUUGGCUGCUUUAGUGGGUUUGUUUUGGUGGUUUUGUUGCAAAAAUAGUCCCAAAUUUGGAGGUGUGUGGGCUCAGUAUACACUUCUUGAAUAUGCCUCAGGUGCUCCCGUUCAGUUUUCAUACAAGGACCUGCAUCGCUGGACGCAGGGGUUUAAGCAUAAACUUGGAGCAGGAGGGUUUGGAGCUGUUUAUAGAGGAGUUCUUGCUAACAGAACAGUAGUUGCAGCAAAGCAACUUGAGGGAAUUGAACAAGGCGAGAGACAGUUUCGGAUGGAGGUUGCAACUAUAAGCAGUACUCACCAUUUGAAUCUGGUUAGAUUGAUUGGCUUUUGCUCCGAAGGGCGUCACAGGCUUUUAGUAUACGAGUUCAUGAAAAAUGGUUCUUUGGAUCAUUUCCUGUUCUCGACCGAAGAUCAGUCAGGGAAAUUAUUGAAUUGGAAGCGCAGGUUCAACAUUGCUCUUGGGACUGCGAGAGGAAUCACAUAUCUUCAUGAGGAAUGUCGAGAUUGCAUUGUUCAUUGUGAUAUAAAGCCAGAAAACAUUCUCUUGGAUGCGAAUUUCAAUGCCAAGGUGUCUGAUUUUGGCCUAGCGAAGCUUAUAAGCACAAAGGAUCAAAGAUACCGGUCCUUGACUACCAUUAGAGGCACUAGAGGAUAUUUGGCACCAGAAUGGCUAGCAAACCUCCCAAUAACAUCAAAAUCUGAUCUUUACAGUUAUGGUAUGGUUUUGUUGGAGAUUGUGAGUGGGAGGAGGAACUUUGAAGUCUCAGCAGAAAUCAAUCAAAAGAGGUUCUCAGAGUGGGCUUAUGAAGAGUUUGAGAAAGGUAAUGUGGAGACAAUUGUUGACAAGAGACUUGCUGAUCAGGGUGUGGACAUGGAACAAGUGAUGAGAGCUGUUCAGGUUAGCUUUUGGUGCAUUCAGGAGCAUCCCUCUCAAAGACCAACAAUGGGAAAAGUAGUGCAAAUGCUUGAGGGAAUUAUAGAGAUUGCAAGACCACCAGCACCAAAGGCAUUGAUGAAAGGCUCUACUAGUGGAACAAGUACGAAUUUGAGCAGUAAAGAUAGUGCUCAGUCUACUUGUGAAGCCUCAGCUCCACCACCCUCUUCAUCUUCAUCAAUUUAAACUGCAGGCAUAUCCCCUAUAGUUUCAGAGAGGAUUAUGGAGAGGCCAUAUCCAUCAUUGUUAGAAUCAUUUGAAAUAAAAUCUCAUUAGAAUUCAUGGUUUCCACAAGCCCGAUUUCUGUUCAACAAACUUGUAACUACACAAGCAUAAAUUUUUUAAGGUAAACUUUUGCUCAA